AUGUAUUUUAGAGAUUUUCUUACGAUACUCUUCGUCCUUGAAGUUACAAAAGCAGUACUUCACGAGGAGGCUUCUAUUAAGCUAUUUGAUUAUCUCAUUGAGAAAAACAAUUUAGUUCAAGAUUUUGAGAAAAGUGGACUUCAGCUGCCGGACGAUACGGAUUUUAUUAAGCAGCUAAUAAUCGGAUACUCUGACUCAGAAACAGCAUACAAAGGACGUGCAGAGAAAACAUUCCUCUAUGAAAUUGUUGCAAACAAAACCACCGGAAUUGAUGUUGACAAAUGGGAUUAUUUUGCCAGGGACUGUCAUCACCUCGGCAUCAACAGCAGCUUUGAUACCAAACGAUUUCUCACAUUUGCAUGGGUAUGCGAGGUGGACAACCGGAAACAGAUUUGUAUAAGAGAUAAGGAAGUAGAUGAUCUAUACGAGAUGUUCCAUACACGUUACAACCUUCACAGAAGAGCUUAUCAGCACAAGGUCGUAAAGGUCAUUGAAGAAAUGAUUACAGAUGCAUUGAUCAUUGCCAAUAAUCACAUGGAAGGAUACUUUGGGAAAAAAAUUGCCAUCUCAGAAACUGUGGAUGACAUGGAAGCAUUUGUGAAGGUUACAGAUUACAUUUUGAACUAUAUUCUUAACUCAACGGAUGAGAAUCUUUCUCCCGCCAGAGAGAUUUUAGAAAGACUACAGCGCCGUCAGCUGUUCCCAUAUGUUGGUCAGAAAAGGCUUAAACAUGACAUUACUGACAUUGAUGAGGAUUCCAUCUGUCGUAAGAUUGCAGCAAAAUGUAACGGCGAUCCGAGACUGGAAGACAUUGCAGUGAAUGUUAUUACCAUUGACUAUGGAAUGAAAGAUAAGGAUCCGAUUGACAACAUGCGCUUUUAUAAGAAGGGCAGCGCAGAAGCUACAAAGCUCUCAAAAUCCAAGAUUAUUCAGCUUCUGCCAAAACAUUUUAGACAGAGGUUUAUUUAUGUUUUCAUCAAGAAAAGAAAUCCUGAGAGCAUGGCAGCCGUAACUAAAGCAUUAAACGAGCUUUACCCUGAAGAUGAUCCGGCUGUGCUUGAGGAAAACUGAGCUCUUUGCAUCAACAGCCUGGCAGGAAUGCUGUCUGAACCCAGACUCUCUGACAUACUACAAAUCUAUAUAAAUCAUUAAAAGCUGAUGAUUCAUUCGCUAGCAUAAUAUAUUCAUACUGUGGUGGCGGUCAUGUACUUAAACAAAAAAACAAUUGAUUAAAUAUAUACAUAUAUAGGCAUUAUUUCAUCAUAUCUAUGGGGGAAUACAAGUAAAAAGGAGUAAAGCCAUUGGGUGUCCAGAGCAACUGCAACUGCAUUGAGAUCAAGAAAAAAAAUAUAUAUAUAAAAUUUA